AUGAAUGUCUCGUCAGCAGCAACUGCUGCAGUUGCUGCUGCUGCUGCUGCCAGGUCUUACUCUUCAUUAGCAGCAGCAACAGUAGCAGCAACAGCAGCAGCAACAGCAGCAGCAACAGCAGCAGCAACAGCAGCAGCAACAGCAGCAGCAACAGCAGCAGCAACAGCAGCAGCAGGACAGCGAGCAUCUUAUCUGCCGCGACCCGAUUUGAACAGCCGAUACACUCCAGCUGCAGCAGCAGUAGCAGCAACAGCAGCAGCAACAGCAGCAGCAGCAGCAGCAGCUGCAGGUGUUGACGGAGACACAAGGCAGCAGCACGGGCUGUCUCUGUCUAUUGCUUUAGCUCGUAUAUCUAAGGCCCACCGACGGCAGCAGCAGCAGCAGCAGCAGCAGCAGCAGCCUCAGCCGCAGGAACAGCAGCAGCAGCAGUAUCAUCAACAGCUGCAGCAGCAGUUGCACACGCUUCUUGCUGCAGCUGCAGCAAAGGCAGCAGCUGCCGAGUGGAGGCUCGAGCAGCAGGAGCAGCAACAGCAACUGCAGCAGCAGCAGCAGCAGCAGCAGCGCGUAUCUUUGCCUGGGCCUUUGUUUUGCUGCUUAGCUUUGCAUGCAUGCGCUUCUACCCGCCCCCACCUACAACAGCAACAGCAGCAGCAGCAGCAGCCGCAGCAGCGGCGCCAGCAGCGGCGCCAACAGCAGCAGCAGCAGCAGCAGCAGCAGCAGUGGCCGACGGCCUCUGAGUUAGAGGAAGUUGCAGCAUCAGUCUCGCGGGCUUUAUUAAACAUCAAGGAGUGCAGCAGCAGCAGCAGCAGCAGCAAUACAACAGCAGCAACAGCAGCAGCAGCAGCAGCAGCAGCAGAAGACGAUCAUCGUAUAUUUGAGGUGUAUAGGCAGCUCCCCACAACUUAUCUUCGUGCUCUUACAUUAAAAGGAUGCAUGCGCUUAAUGGCGCUGCAGCUCUGCUGCUGCAGCAGCAAACAAGCAGCAACUGCUGCUGCUGCAUGCCUCCAGCUGCUGCCACAGCUGCCUGCUGCACCACCAACACAGCAGCAGCAGCUGCUGCUGCUGCAAGAUAUCCAGAGGUGGCAGCAGCAGCAAGUUGCUGCUGAUGCUCCAUGGGACCCCAUAGAACUUGGCUCGGAUGCAGCAGCAGCAGCAGCAGCAAGAAGUGCAACAGCAGCAACAAGAGAAGCAGCAAAAGAAGCAGCAACAGCAGCACCAGCACCAGCAGCAGUAGCAGCAGCAAGACAGUCUUCUUCUGCUGCAGUCUUUAGCUGCAGUGUGUAUCCAUCGGCAGCAACAGCACUUCUGCUGCUUGCUGCUGUGCUGCAGCGAGCAAAGGUGCUGCUGCGCCGCAGCAGCAGCAGCAGCAACAGCAGGACUGUUGCUUCUCUUGUUGCUGCAGCAGCAAAAACAGCAGCAAUGGCAAAUCGCUUCUCUAACACUGCUGCUGCUGCUGUUGCUGCUGCUGGGGCCUCUCCCUCAGCAGCAGCAACAGCAGCAACAGCAGCAGCAGCAGCAGCAGCUAGAACAGCUGCUGCGCAGCUGCUGCAGUGCCCUGACGUUAAUGCUGUUUUGCUGCAGCACAGGGAGACAUGCAAAGGGAUCGAUCUGCUGCUGCUGUUGCGUGCUGCUGCUGCUGCUGCAGCAGCAGCAACGCCUAUUUCCCCUGAAUUGCUGCGUUCGCUACCAGGCUUGCUGCUGCAGCACCUAGAAUUCAUGCCUCCGCAGCAGCAGCUGCUGCUGCUGCAGCAGAUGAGGAGCUCGCGCCUCGGCAGGCCUGUUGCUUCCUCUUCAGCAGCAGCAGCAGCAACAGCAACAGCAGCAACAGCAGCAGAAGGAGACGUCCAGUGGUCUGAGGUAGCUGUACACUUGGCACCGCAUGUGCUGCGUCUGCUGCGCAGCAGCCGCUGCAGCAGCAGCGAUGCAGCAGCAGCAUGCUGGUUAUAUGCAUCGGAGGGCAACAGCAACCACGAGUUCCCAUCAGCAGCAAUUGUUGCUGCUGUUGCUGCUCAAUUGCCCGCGCUGCUGUUGCGCCCUAAGACGAGCAGCAGCAACAGUAGCCGCAGCAGCAGCAGCAGCAGCAUGUCUGAUUUGCUGCUGCUGCUGCAGACCCUCGUCUCCUGGAGGGCCCCACAACCAUCGGUCUGGGGGCCUCCCUUGCUGCAGAGCGUAGCAGCAGCAAUAGGCGCAGCAGCAGCAGCGCGACCUGCUGCGCCGUCACUGCAGCAGCUAGCAGCAGCAGCAGGAGCCCUGGUUCAGCUGCAGCUGCUGCAGUCGUCCUGCUGCAAUCAAGUGCUAGCAGCAGAAGGACCGAUUCCCUCUCCUGCUGUUGGUGCUGCUGCUGCUGCUGCUGCCGCUGCUGCUAUGCCGCAGCGCGAGACACGCCCUGUUGCUGUUGAGUUUGCUGCUGCAAUUGCUGCAGAGCUGCACCCCUGGCCACCGGAUCCGGACAGCAGCAGCAGCAGCAGCAGCAGCAGAAGGGAUCUAUCCAGUAGUAUUG